AUGGAUACCCGUUGCGGACAAAGCACUAAAAGAAGGAAAGCUGUAGAAGGUAGAGCAGCAGCGAGACCACUGGUGAACCCUGCUGCUAAACGACUAGCCACAUCUCAACCAGAACUCACCGAUCCUCCAAGUGCACCCACCAAAAGACGGCUUGAGAUGCCUAUCGAACCACCGCCCACAUCUGCCACACUUUCCCCCGAGGCCGACCAAGAACAAAUCGUGAGGGAAUUAUUACAAAAAUUCGGUCGAGAGGCGAAGGCCAGUGCAAUCUACGCCCGACUGGCAGAGGUUUGCAGACCCGGAGAGACAACCUCUACUCCAUCUCAGACAACCUCCCUGCAACCUCCCAUCUGCGACACACCUGCUCCCCACACUGAGUCUACAGAAGCAGGGGACCCCGAACAACCACAAAUGGCCAUGACUUCAGUUGAGGAGUUUUCUUCCUCAUUAACGCACGCCGCUCCUCAGGCGACGAUAUUACUCCCAGCUCCAGAUUCGACAUAUGCUGACGAGGUGGGUGGUCAUGAGGAGGACAGGGAGGAAGAGAUCCACGAUGAAGGGAACCCGGAUGUUGACAGUGAACCAGAUGAGGAAGGAGACGAGUUUGCAGAAGAUGAAGGUUUAGUGGAGAGCGACAAGGGUAAUGAGACUGCAGAAGAGUGUGAGGAAAACAUAGAAGCCAUUAGAGAAAGUGAGGAGACUGAAAAGGAAGUGAUAGAAGAAGAAGAAGAAGAAGAAGAAGAAGAAAUUGAGGAGCCGAAGAGUGAGGAUGCUCCGGAGGACGACAGGAAAACGCAGAAGGAUAGAAAGGUGAAGGAGGUGAUAGCGGCCACGAGGCUGAGGAAAUCGAGGUCUGAUCUUCCAGUGAGCGAAGAAGAGGUAGAGGAUAAUGCAGACAAGAGCUAUGGCACGCAGCGUAAUCUCAAAGGAAAGCAACCGGCGAUAGCCACAGUCAAGAAACCAAUAAGCUCUGAGAAGACAAACGAACCCACUACCAAGCCAAUCAAAGUGUCGUUCGCUCAAGAUAUUGAAGAGGAUGCAGGGGAGGAUGACGGAGACUCCGAGAAUGACAGUACCGAGGAACCCAUUUAUCUGCUAGAAGAAGUUAUGGUCACAAAGAAACUCUUGGGAGAGAUGACCUAUUUCAGUGAUCCUAAGAAAGCCCGAACGUAUGCAGAGCGAGGAACGAAGGGGAAGCAGGCUAAGUUUGAGAAAAGCUACCAUCCCGAAUCCCUUCAAGAUAUCGAAUCAGAGGAAGAGUUCAUGUUGAUACUGACUCGAUAUCGUUCCGUCUGUUCAAUGUUGAUACCACGAUAA